AUGCUUCAGCUGAAGAUCCUCACCAACGACAGUGCCUUCAGAAUUGAUAUAGUCAACGUGUAUAAAGAUUUGGUGGUUCCUGAUAUCCUCACCGUGCAUGUGGAGACGGAAAAAGACGGAGAAAAAGACGUGGUGGUAGAAAUUGAGAACCGUGUUAUAGAAAAACCGUUCUUGGGAGGGUACAGGCACGUAACCACUGGCGUAAAAUACCUCCAUGGGUACACCCAAACAGGUCCUUUAAAGUCUAGAGUUCCACCGGAGAUGAAAAGUCACAGGGACACCCAAACGUACAUUCUAAAGAAUAGGAGGACUGAAAUGGAGUAUUCUAGAGCUACGCAAGUGGCUACGAAGGACAUUUACAUUCCCAGCCUUUCAGAUAAGAUUGUGACUUCGGGACCUUACGAAACCGCCGAUGAAAGGGAGAAACGAUUGGAUGUUGCUGGAAAAGUGAGAACCAUUAAACGAUAUUAUCGGUCAUGGAAGUUAAGGAAAUGCAUAAAGGAACUUAGUGAAGAAUACCAGAAAAGAGUGCGCCUGCAGAGGGAGCUAGAAGAACGCGAACAAAGGGAGGACGAAGAACGCAGAAGACGAGAUAUCAUCAGCAAAGUGUUCCCAAUAACCCCUGACGAUUUCGCCAUGUUGUACACGAUGGUGGAACGAUGGAAAAAAGCUGAACUGGCCAGGAUAUCUUCCACGCACUGCGGUCCCUCUAAAAUAGCCGAGUUUUACUUGGUCUUGGAUAAGGAAGUUGAGAUCUUACGAUCGAUACAGAAUAUAAAGAACAAGGCGGCCAAAGACAUGGAGGUAAAGAAGACUCUGGAUUUCUUCAAAGCUAUCGGUACGCCUAUUGAGUGGUACAGCGACUAUAAACACUUGCACAUCUCCAUGGAUACUUUGCAGACGCAGAGGGGUCGCGAAUUUUUCGCUUUAUACAAGAACCUUUGCGAUAAGUCAUUGAAAAGAGGAGAAAGAUUGGAAAUAUACCUCAAAAUAAAGGAAUAUCUGUGUAGCCAUGUCUGUGACGACAGGAAACAAAUCGUACCCCUCAUAGACAGGGCAUGUGAGUUGAUAGUUAGGGGAAUGGACGAGAAAUAUUUGGAGACUUUGGAGUUGCGGAUUGAGGCGAUGGUGGUGCGUCACUUCCAGUUGCCAGAGUGCAACGAGGGAGUCACCACGUACAUGAAGAACAUGAAACAGAAGCACAUGGAGAAAAACCUGCUGCUCUGUCAGCGGUGCCAAAAGCUUAAAACUGUGGAUAAAUUCACCUUGAACGCUAGAAUGGACACAAUAAAGGUUUGCACCAGCUGUAAGUGGUUGGAUAAGUCCGAAGAGCCUUGGAUCGACUUGUCGCCCUAUAGAUUCAUUCUGAGGCAAAUUAGAAACUACGAACGCCUCCACAAAGCUACAUCGUCAGUGGCCUUCAUCCUGCAAGACAGAGACAUCCACUAUAUCAUGACAUAUAUCUGGCACGGGCACUCAGCGUUGUCGGAAUGUACAGAUCAAUACCAGUUGAGACUGUGCAGGUGGAAGGUUAAAGAGGAAUGGUCACCUUGGAACUGUAUUUUGCUUACAGUGGACGAGGCAAGGGCACAUCUGGAUAUAAAGGACUUGGAGGAGGUUUACGAAGAAGAGUUCAUAAACCACAUCUUCAACAAGCAUGCCUUGGCUAAGAAGCACUUCUCGCAACUAGUAGGUUACGACAAACAUUUCACUGAUUAUGCCAAAAAUGACUGCAGGUUAGAGGACGAUUCUGAAUUUUACAACAAACCCGAGUAUGACUGCUUGUUUGGGCCAAUAGAAUAA